GGUAACAAUACGCUCGUUACCGAGACGACAGCGGAUCAUCUCCCUUGCAUGAGCUACUCUCAUGAUCAUCAUUGACUCAGCAUUUCGGGCAGGUAGGGCUACGAUAAGAUAAGACUUCGCAAAAAGCUUAUAAGUACAGUCCAGUAUCCGGAUAUCUUCGUCUUCAGCUUGGCCUAACUACCUCUUACGAAAUCAUGCCGACUCUACUCCUGGCACUACUAGCAGCCGCCACUUCCCUGGCGUCCGCCCAACUCAGCUUCCCCAAAUCGGAACUAGGCUUCAUCUACAAAGAUGGCCGACCCUGCGCUGACGUCAAACUCGCCGCCUACGUCGACCUGACCUGCCCCGACUCCCAAGCUUCGUUUGGCACUCUCCUCCAAGUGGCUGGAAACUUCACCCCCUUCGAGCUUCAACUCAAGCUCUAUCUCUUCUCCCUGCCCUACCACCGGAACAGCCACCUCAUCUCCAAGGCCACACGUUUCCUGAGCAGCUACUUCCAGUCGAUCAAGUCCAACGCCACGGCCUACGACUGGAUACAGCUGGUGUAUGACAACAUCGACUCGCUCACCACCACCGCAACGUUGAACAAAACGGAAGGGGAUGUUGUCAAUUUUCUAACGGCUCUGGCCCAGAAAUUGGCGCCGGUCACAGCAGACGCUUUCAGAAAAGGGGUGUAUGACUCCAGCAUCGACAGCGACACCAGACUGGAGUGGAAGUACGGCUGCACCCGAGGGGUGUACGGCACCCCCUUCUUCACCAUCAACGACGUCUUCACCACAGGCGACGCCGCAGGCUGGACGCCGCAGUACUGGGUCCAGCUCAUCAAGUCCCUGCUGCCUGCCAACUCCAUCACCAAACAGGCAUGCUAGACACGGCACAGCGGCCCCGUAGACCAACUGUCGCGGGCAUGUUUAUAUCAGCCAAUCAGUGACGUCUAGAUGUAGUGGUCAUCCUAUAGGAUAAAACAUUUCAUGUUAUAUUGUAAAGCGUUUUACUUCAAACUCUACUGAAGAGUUUUAUGGUAAGCAUGAAUGAUUGGUGAAAUUAAUUUACAACGACUAACACUAGCUCCAUACAACAUUUUGUAAAUAUAUUUAUUUGUUUGCAAAAAAAUAGAAUAAAAGGCAGUGUUUACGUGUUU